UGUUAGCUGCUUCCAGGCUAUCUUGAGGCAGCAGCGCUAAGUGGAUGUGACGGUUCUGAUUGCUGCUCCAUGGGCAAGCGAGAAGAAACAGCCUCCCUGUGAUCAACGCGUCAUAUAAUGUUUCAGCGCACGCCCCUCCCCCUGUCUCGUUUUCUCCCCUCACUCAACCUCUCCUUUGACUCACAGAGGCGGCUCACCACUGCAGGCGCACGGACCCGUGGAGGAUACGGGCAGAAGAUGGCUGACUUAGCCGGGCACCGAGAGCCCACGGCCGCAUUACCACGUUCAGCGUCAAUGGGGCCGCUGAAAAGUGGCGAGACAGCCGCCGUCUGGCGACUGUAAACAGCUGCCUCUCCUCUCCUCCCGCCUUCUCCUUUCUCUCCCCCAACCUCACUGCAAAUAUUGGUACAAGUGUCACAGAGGAAAAACAAAAAACAAAAAAAGAAAAAUGGCAGAGAUGGAAAAAGAGGGCAGACCUCCGGAAAAUAAAAGAAGCCGAAAACCAGCACACCCGGUGAAAAGGGAAAUAAAUGAGGAGAUGAAGAGUUUUGCCGAGAACACCAUGAACGAGCUGCUGGGCUGGUAUGGCUACGACAAGGUGGAGUUAAGAGACUCCGACAACCUGGACAUGGGAGAGACGCCCCAACACAUCUCUGUCCUUAAAGAAAACUUGGUGCCAAAAAACCCAGCAUCAUCAGAGAGCAGUGAAGGCUCCCCAGAUGGAGUCAACAGCUCCCAGUCAAUGCCAGCCUCCAGGAAUGGAGUCGUCGAGCCCGCCAUCACAACAUCCACCACCACAUCCUGCACCACGGACCAUGGCAACCUGCCCAUCAUCGUCCCUUUGAUCCCCCCACCAGUAAUCAAACCUUCCACAGAUGAAGAUGCGUCCAACGUGCAGAUCAUGUGUGCCUGGUGCCAGAAAAUUGGUGUAAAACGCUAUUCCCUGAGCAUGGGGAGUGAGCUGAAAAGUUUCUGCAGUGAAAAGUGCUUUGCUGCCUGUCGCAGAGCCUAUUUCAAAAGGAACAAGGCGAGAGACGACGAUGGCCUCGGUGGGAAAUUACCCCAGAACAGCUUUACUCAGGACACGCCCAGGCUUGUCUUCAAGACAAACAGCGAUGUGCUUGUGUGCGAUUGGUGUAAGCACAUUCGCCACACUAAGGAGUACCUGGACUUUGGGGCUGGUGAGCGGAGGCUGCAGUUCUGCAGUGCCAAGUGUCUCAACCAGUACAAGAUGGACAUUUUCUACAAGGAGACCCAGGCUGCGCUGCCUGGUGCACUGUGUAACCCAGGGCACGGGCCAGGUGGCGAGGGUAAGUCGGACUGCGGUGGUGCAGUACAACUGCUCACUCCAGAAUCCUGGGGAACACCCUUAGCAGACCUGCGUCGUAAAGCUCCCUCACCUUGCGGGCCUUCCACCACUUCUUCUGCCACCUCACCUCCAGACUCGGUUGCAGUCUGCUCCCCCUCCUCCUCCUCUUCAGCAAAGAUUCCCACACCCAGACCACAUGAGAGUUCCUCAAUGCAAGCUCCGCCCAUUUCUACUUUGCACCCACCAGUUGGAGUUCCCUCUGGUAGUCCUCCAAUGGUAAUGACAUCACGAGGGCCCAUGCCUCUCCCUCUAUUCAUGGAGCAUCAAAUGAUGCAUCAAAUGCGUCCACCAUAUCUCCGCCCUUCUGCCCACCCUGCAGGUGCAAACAGCCCACUUUCAAACCCUAUCAUCCCUGGUAUUGGUCCCCCACCACCUCCAAGGUCUCUUGGUCCAACCCCAGGUCCUAUGCACAGACCCCUACUGUCCCCCCAUGUCCAUCCUUCAUCCAAUCAUAACCCUGCCAUGAUGCCUCCUCACCCUGGCCUCCCUAUGCCAGGACUGCCCCCUUUCCCACCAGUCAACAUAAUUCCUAGUGGACACAUUCCCUUUCCUCCAAUGAUGAACUUUGGCAUGCCUUCCCUGACCCCAUUAGUACCACCACCAACCAUGUUGGUGCCUUACCCUGUCAUUGUACCCCUCCCAGUUCCGAUUCCCAUUCCAAUUCCAAUCCCUCUGAACCCCAAAACAUUUGGAGACCAAUCCAAGAGCAAUAUAUCUCUUCACAGAGGUCCAGAGACUUCGGCUUCUGGACCACUCUCUCCGGGUCCCUCUAGAAGUGACAAAGUGGAGCAAAAGGUUGAGCCAUCACAAAGUGAGCAGCCUUUACCUGUGUGUUCAGAGACAAGCAGGACAGCUCUGAGAGACUUAAAGUCAGAGGACGCUAUGAGCAACCUGUGUCUAACCAGCAGCCCUGGGCCUAUAGACGGUGUCAUUGAUCUGACUGUGGGCCACAGGUCAUGUCAGCAUCAGGUUAUUCAGAGAAGGCCACUUGAGGUCCAGGUCAAAGUGGAAGAAGAAGCUGAAACAAGGUCAUCACCAGCUGCAAUGGAAGGAAAUGAGAGACAUGAGGAGGGGGGAGCAGGACCCUCACAGGAUCGCUGCAGUCCUCUGCUGCUAGAAGGAGCCACACACCCAAGGACGCUGUCAUCAUCUAGCCCACCCUCAAGCAUCAACAGCCCUUGUUGCAAUGGCGACCCACCAGGAAGCCAACUUAAUACGUCCUUUUCUAGCUUUGCCCUAUCGCACCUAUCCAGCCCUGAAAGGACCACGCCCCAAUCCUUUACCCAACUCCAACCCAACCCUGGCACUCCAUGUAAUGUCAUUGUCAAUGGUACUGGAUGGCAUUCACUUCUCACUCCUGCCACUAAUAGCUACACUGGCCAAAAAGGAGACAGGGUUGUGGCAGAGGAAGAAGUUCUUAAGCAGCCAAACGACGGGGAGCUUGAGCAUGAGGCACUGAAGGAGAACAAUUGUUAUAUCGGAGACUGGGAGCCGGGGAAAGCGGGCUUAGGACAAGAAGAGAUGACAAACUCGGUCAUGGGGAAGCCAGACCCUGAUUCCAACUUGGAGGAGGGUGAGCAUGCCUAUGCCCUGCCACUUAUGUCAGCCGGGGGGUGUGUGGUCAUCCAACCUGUGCCAAAGUCUAGCACUGACAAAACAGCCAUCCUGUCCUGUUCCAUCAGCACUCCUGUAUCAGCUGCUGGGAGCCCUGAGUUAGAGCCACCGCUGAAGAGGAGGUGUCUGCGAAUACGCAAUCAAAACAAAUAGGAUGGAUGCUCUGAUGGAUGCAGUGCCAUCAGUGACACUUCAUCCAACCCCACCCCCAAAUCCAACCUCUCCCAACCAACUACACAAGUGCACAAGCUCACGUGCAGACACACCUGCACACACACACACACAUAUUUGUCUUUUGCCCCCACUCUCGGUCAUUUCUACCAGCAGCACAAAUCGCCUUCAGCGACGGAUGAGUGUCCAACCAGACAUGUUGAUGUGUAUUAUACCAGAGCAAACCGGACUCCUUCCACCUUUGUGAUGAUACUGAACUUCUACCGACUUGGUGUCCAGCUGGACCUCUCCAAUGCAGGUUGUGAAUUUGUUUCUCAGCACACUCUUCUGCUCAUACCUUACACACUCCUGUUGUACUGUCUCUUACGGUUGUACACACUCCAGUGUCUGAUAGUCACAGCAUCAGAUGGGAAAGUUUCUUCUGAGCUCCUGUGUACUGUAGGUCCUAGACUUUUCAACGCAGCAGGUACAAUCUUAAGGCUUUGCUACAUGUGGUUUCCCAUUAAAUUGCAAAGGUUUCGAGUUUUUUUUAAUUUGUUAUAUGACUAUGAAAAACAACCCACACUCUUCACUCUCUAUUUUUUUUGCUGGAUCAAGAAAAACCUUAAAACUGAGUCUUCUUGGUGGGUUGUGAAAAAAAAGGGUACGAACACACACAUAUACAGUAACAAAUGCAGUAUGAUGCGUGGACAAAGUGAUGAGCUGCUUUCUCUGGCAAACUGUCUCAGAACAUAAUGCACAACAGUGCAUUGGGUUAUCGCUGAAUCAGUACACAGGAGUAUAAAUGACUAACCUUCAGCCAUUUUCUUGCACCAUUUAUUUUGUCUGCUCAUAAACCUCACCCGAUUUGCAUAUGUGGUAUUAUUGUAGCACAGUAUGUUGUCAUUUCGCUCUUUCUCUCGGCCUGUGUUCACAAACAGUUCUGUUGUUGGUUAGAAAAUACACCUCAGUACUACCAUAUGAAAGAUGGGUAUGGCAAUGUUGAAACUCUGCCAACCUGUAAUAAGCACUUGCUGCUGCAGGCGAACACUUAAUCUUUUCUAUAACCCAUUACCGGUGAUAUCCCUGUCAAGAGUUAGUUUGCGACAGGUUGUACUAAAUUUAAAGGGGGCAAAGAGAUACCAACGUCUUCAUGAAUAAUUCAUCUGGGGUCUAGAGCAGACGCAACGCUGCAGGAAUGUUUCAACGAUAUCCACAUUUGUUUCCAACACGAUUUGAUAAGUAUUCUCACCUUUGCCAAGUCGCCACGGUUGUAUUUAUUUGGGCCAAAUCUAAAGACAGAACUGUUUUAUUUCAGGGUUGCUCUCAACUAUUUGUACAGUUUUGGUGGGAGUUUAAAAAAGAAAAAGAAAAAAAAAAGAAGAAGAAGAAAAGAAAAAAAAUGCCAGUGGACCUAUAUCAUCUGUUUGAGGUAGGGACACUGUCAAAUAAAGCCAGCACUUAGUGUACAGAUUUCUGACUGCAAAACAAGGUAUUGUCCUAGUGUUUGCCAAAGGCCCCUGGUGUGUUGAGGCAAAACAUGUCUACCUGUUUUCAUUUAAAGGGAUCAUUUAUGAUUGCCAAAUAACAAGUCCUUAUUUAAAAAAGAAAGGAACAUUGAAGAUAGAACACUGCUGUAGUGUUUGUCAAAAUCAGUGUUAUUGCUGGGGGGGGGGAGGGGGGUCCUCUGUAAAAUGUUAUAAUUUCAUAGACUCUAAAUGUGAAGUUCUGGCCCAAACAGUCAUGAAAAUGUUACCUUAGUUGUGUGCAGCACAACAUUGUCUUGCAACUGCAGCCUUGGUUCAAUCACACUAUUUAUUAAAUGUGAUUCUAAGGGUUUCUGCCCACAUGUGUGUGUGUGUGUGUGUGUGUGUGUACUUAAAAUGAACUGGUGUCAAAGACAAACACUGCACACAGUGAAGGCCGUGAGCCCAUUGAAGAUUGCAAAGUGUUGACUCAGAAUAAGCAGUGUGUAACUCUAUCUGCUGCCUGUCAGUCAGGCAUUUGGGCUCUGCCUACCACUUGCCAAGGUGCUGCUUUGGUGUGGCUUCAAUCAUUUUCACUAAACAAACAAACAAAGGAAAUAACUUGUGUGCAAAUGCUUUUACCUUUGAUAACAUCAGUUACUGAUUUACAUGCUGUACACUAGUGUUUUUCAAAUGGGGUCACCUGAAAUGUCUAGUAACAAAGGCCAAAAAAUUACUGAUAUAAAUAUAUUUUUAACUAAUUAUUAUUGUUUUGAAAAUUAUGAUUAAAAACACCACACACGUUGUGUACUGAUCUGCUUACUGUGUGUUUGUAACACAGUAUAACAAACUAAAAUAACUAACUAAUUCUAGGAGGAGGGGUUCUUUUGGGUCGACAGACAUUUGUGAUGUCAAAAUGGGGUCAAAGGCCAAAAAAAAGUUUGGGAACUACUGCUGUAAACCAUUACAUUUUGUAAUAUAAAUUGAGCAGCUACACUGAUGUAUUCAGUGACUUUUUUUAAUCUAAAAAAAGCACAAAAACUAAGAAUGAUGUAAAAUGAAAACAGAUACAAUAUUGUAUAUUUCCAUCAUCAACAGUGGGAAAAAAAAAGUUAGCCAUCAACCAGCUGACACUGAAUCACUUUAUGUAUUUGUUUUUUCCUCCUUAAGCUCAAUCCAUUUAGUCAAUAACAAUUUGCUACAAAUUGUAUGAUCAGGCUUUGAGUUUAUAAACAAAGGUUAUAUACGGGGGUCCUGGACUUAUGUUGGAUUUCCAUUUCAACAGCCUACCCCAGUGUCACUAACCUACGCUAACACAUUGGUGACAUCAUAUUCUAGGACAUCAAAAUAUCAGAAGAGUCUGACUUACGCCUGGUAGCCAAAAUGUAGGGCAAAACCUCCCCCAAAAAACAACACAAACAAAAGAAAGUAAAUGUAGCACAAUCCAAUGUAUGGUCAACAACCAUGUGUAGAUCACAUGUGAACUAGUUGGUGAGUUUAAGUCAGACUGAUGGAACAAGACGUUCCUAAUAAAUGAAGGGGAAAGGGCCGAUGUAAUCAUGAAAUGCUGUAGGUAGAGGACAUUGUAACCCGAGGACACGCUGUCCACACAGAUUUGAUGAACAUAAUUGAAAUGAUUAGACAGUCCUUCGCAGUGUUAAAAUAGAAAGUUCCAUGACUGUAAAUGGCAAAGUGUUUGUGCGCCACACAGUUAAAAAUGACAUGUUAUUUCAUGGUUUUUAUUCACUCGUGUCAUGAGCUGAUGGACUUUUCUUAAAUGCAGACAAACCGAAUGAACAGCUAUUAUAGUUGCAUCGUUCAUUCUUUUAGCAGCCCAGUGGAAUAACUGAUAACUGUGUGAUCAGACUGCCAGAAAAAGAGUCUUAGGUCCGAUACCCAAAAGACAGAGUUAUGUGAAGGCAUAGCUGUAACAUUACAGUAAAUGGCCUCCAUCCAUGUGGGCUCUUUUUUUUUUUUUUUGUAGUUUAUUGAAGAGUUGACAUGAUUCUGAUGCAGUAUCAUCGCCAUAGGUGGGAAACACAUACCAGCACCUGUAACAAUCACUAACUGACACCUUAUGUCUCGUAUGACUGUUUUGUAGAUUUGUGUUAAUAAAGAUUACGGUUAAUUGUUUUUUUAUGACCUUCCCUGACCUUCAUCAUCAAUCACCGCAUGUUGAAUUAUGACCAUUCAACACGUUUCCUGUCUGCUCUCUGUUGUUUUGCUGAUACAAAACGUUUGGUGUUUGAUGAUACUGAUAAAACACUGACUCUCACAUGAACAGUCGCCACCAUUGAAAUUGUUAAGGGUGAACUUCAGGCCUCAGCAUCAGUCUGAAUUAUGCAAUGAGAACCUAAUCGGGUCCACAGACAGGAGAAUGACUUUUCAGAAACAACAGAGAAGUUGCAUAAAUCCACAGAAACCUCCCCCAUAAAUAACAACUGUGUUAUCAUGCUACAGUCAGUGUAAAGAUGAUCAGCUUCUAUCAUAUAAAAACUGUAACAUUUUUGCUAAAAAUUAGACCAUCCUCCGAACCUCCUUUUAUCCCCAAACAUCUGAUUUGUUUAACAUUUAACCUGUGGUGGACUGUCAAUAUUUUGUGCAUAUUUUUUUUAUUUAUUGUUGACCUUGUUUUUAAAAUUUGCAAAUAACAAACAGGAUGGUUCAACCUGUACAUUCUGUCUAAUGCAAAAGCCUCGGGAUCAGUAAGAUGCUUUUUAAAAAAUUAUUUAAAAAAAUAGGGGAGGAGGUAAAAAAAAAGCUUUGAUAGAAGAUGUUCUUCUGUCUUUUUAUUAUGACACUGUAUAUAACGGGUGGCCAAAUUGUUUUGGAAUAAAAAUCAUCUUUUGUGUUGUAUCAGUAUUUGUUUUUUCUGUUGAAUUGCUAAUGAAGGCGAAUAAAUAAGAGGAAUACACAA